UUAACACCCACGAGCUUUUACUUAUUAGCGGAUGACGCCAAAGUUUAUUUACAAAUUACAGUGGAAAUACAGCAGAGUGAUUUAAUUUGCUAUCAGUCUAUCAAGUUGUGCUCUGUAGUAGACAUUUUCGACAAUCAUUUGCCCGCGGCUGGCUCGAUCUACAGUAAAAUCAACUUUGCUUAUCCAAAGGUUUCCUUUUUUAUAAAUUGUUGGCGUUUCUGUACUGUAUUAUGGAAAACAAAGAUUCCGAUGCGUAUAUCGAUGAUGACGCGUUAUUUGUUAUUUCGGAAGUUGUGAUCGAUUCAGAACCCUCAGAUGAACUGGAAUCGUCGCAGACGGCCGCAUCGCCGACCACCCCGAUAAAAAAGCGACGGAAUUCAAAUGAAAGGGAAAGAUGGCGGCAUCGUAACGUCAACACCGCCUACGAGAGUCUGGGAAAAUUACUACCUGUAUAUCCUCUUAACAAAAAGUUGAAAAAGAAAGAAAUUCUUGUCAGAUCCAUCAAAUACAUCAAAGUUCUCCAGCGCGUUCUGCAGACGUUGGAUAACCACCAGAAAACGCGCAACGGUGAAAAGAUUUCGACUACUCUAAGCGACGACAUGCGUCCAAUCUACGCAGUGGACAGUGCCUGCUCACCGGCGACCUUAUCGGAUUCUUCACCGGCAGCCAGUCCUGAGGACCUUACGCAAUAUACCGGCUCCAGUAGUGAUUCAUCAGAUGAACUGGAUCAGCUACUGUUUGAUCUACAGUCCAUCUCCUAAUUGCCAUAUGCCACGUCAGGACAAGACUGACCGGCGCCUUGACCUUUGUCCAACAAUCAGCUGUUCAUCGGGUUAAUGCAUAACUGACGACAAUUUCUGAUACGAAUGUAUAUAUAUUACUCAUGGUCUUCACGACAUUUUUGACUUGUGUUUAAACCUCGCAGUGUAUGUGUGUAUGCUGUCGUUAAGCGAUGCAGAUCUAAUCGGGUAUAGUGUUUCUUGACACAUGCACAGACAUUAAACUUUGAUACUUUCGCCACGCGUCGUCCCUGGCUGGAAGCGCUGCGUCGCCGGCCACGCUGGGUUUGUUUAUGUUGAAUAGUUCCAUGCUUUAGGUAUCUGAUCGGCUAUUAG